AUGGCCUCGCUACUAGCGUUCUUGCGCAGCAAAGCCAAAUCUAAGCACUCACGAUUGCGGCUAGACCCUGCGAACAGGACGGAGGGCGAGCAACACACGCUGGCGGAAGCGCGGAUCUCGGAGGAACCUGCGGGAGCAUCUCCAGUCUCGCCAGAGUAUGCAGUUGACCGUCGAAUUGUACGCGAUCUCUCUGGGCUGCUGGAUGCGCUUCCUAUUCAGGAGCCUGUCGCCGGAUUGAAACCACCGCGUAGGCCUGCUCGGAAGCCUAUCCCGGUAGAGGAUAUGCGUGCCGCCACUACGGUCAAUCCCGAAGGUGAGGCAGUCUCUGCACCAAGUCCUCCGACGAGCGCAUGCCAUGAUGGUUCGCGGCCGGUAAUGUCCCAGAAGCCGUCGAGCAGUAGCUCGAAUCCAUCCAUAACGCCGAACUCUUCGCCCGGAGAGACCCCGCACCGCAAACGCGGUUUAUCGCGUUUCUCCCGCCAGAUGGCGUCCGUCUCUACGUGGGCGACAUUCGGGAAGAGUACCGACGUCACUCCCCCCUCGGAUCCCAGGCCUCCUUCAGCACCUCCGUCCGCCUGGCACAACCACCGCGGUAGCACGGAAUCCGUGGCGUUGCGGCAAUUCUUCACUCAACAAUGUCUCUCGUCCGCCGCGUUCUUCUCGCUCUUCGCAUUCUCGUUCUCGCUCAUACUCUCGGCCGCACUCUGGUUCUCGUUCUCGCCCAACACGCUCUCGCUCGCAAUCUCUGUACCACUCAGCACCCACGACACCUCCUGA